AUGAAUACAAACGAAUCUUUGGUUUUAAACAAAAUUGAUGAUAUAUCCUUUCAAUAUCUUGAAACUCCUAAGAUAAGUAAUCCAAAUGAUGUGAUAGUUCAAGUCAAAAAGACUGGUAUUUGUGGUUCUGAUAUACAUUUUUAUGCUCAUGGAGGUUUUGGUUAUUUUAGAUUAAAGAAACCUAUGGUUUUGGGUCAUGAAUCAUCCGGUGUGGUAGUUGAAGUUGGUAAUGAAGUGAAAACAUUAAAAGUAGGGGAUAAAGUAGCUAUUGAACCUGGUGUUCCAUCAAGAUUUAGCGAUGCUUACAAGAGUGGUCAUUAUAAUUUAUGUCCUCAUAUGGUAUUUGCUGCUACCCCAAAUUUAGAUCCUAAUGGUCCUAGUGCUCCAGGAACAUUAUGUAAAUAUUUUAAAAGUCCAGAAGACUUCUUAGUCAAAUUACCAGAUCAUUUAUCUCUUGAGCUUGGUGCAUUGGUAGAACCACUUUCAGUUGGUGUUCAUGCAUGCAAGAUUGGAUCUGUAAAGUUUGGAGAUGUUGUUGUCGUAUUUGGAGCUGGUCCAGUUGGAUUAUUGGCUGCAAGUACAGCAAAACAGUUUGGAGCUUCAAAAGUUAUGGUCGUUGAUGUUGUUGAUACUAAACUUGAGAUGGCAAUAAAUUUAAACAUGGCAACCCAUAGAUUUAACUCCAAAAAUGGUACAAUUGAUGAUUUGAUCAACGAAUUAGGUCAAAGACCAAAUGUUGUUUUAGAAUGUUCAGGUGCAGAGAUUUGUAUUCAAACUGGAGUUCACGUAUUGGUACCAGGUGGAAGAUUUGUACAAGUAGGCAAUACUGCUGGACCUGCAAGCUUUCCAAUUACAGAAUUUGCCACCAAGGAGUUGACAUUAUUUGGAUCAUUUAGAUAUGGAUUUGAUGAUUAUAAAACAGGAGUUGCCCUUUUGGCAUCUAAUUAUAAAGAUGGAAAGGAUAAAGCUAGUGUUGACUACUUAGGAUUGAUUACUCAUAGAUUUAAAUUUAAAGAUGCGAUUGAAGCCUAUGAUUUAGUUAGAGCCGGUAAAAGUGUUAAAUGUAUCAUUGAUGGUCCAGAGUAA